UCAUGCUGCAGAGGUUGCAGAUAGCUUCUUAGUGCUGUGCUUAACCCCUUGUGCCACCAGGGAGGCCCUAGCAUAAUGUUGUUAAGGCUUAUUUAUGUUGUAGAAUGUGUCAGUGCUUCAUUUCACUUAAUUGCUGAAAAAUAUGAUGUAUUGUUUAUUCAUUCAUCAGCCAAUGGACAUUUGGGUUGUUUCUGGAUUUUGGUCAUUAUGAAUGAUGUUACUGUGAACUUACAUGUAUAGGAUUUUUUUGUGUGUGUCGACAUAUGUUUUCAUUUCAUUUUAAAAGUUGUGUUCAUAUUUCCGCUGUGGGGUUCAUUUAUUACUUGGUUUUGCAGUUUGUUUGGGGAAGAACAGUUCCUGUACAGUCUCUUGAUUCAGUGGUAUCCUGAAUAUUGCUUUGAAUUAAUAAAAGAAGUUACUAAGAAGAAAAAAGAAUCAUGUAUUUAUAAGGUUUGAACUCUCCAGUAACAUUGUUUCCAAAUAUUUGAACUUAAAUAGUAGCAAGAGUCCAUGUAGUAAAGCCUAAAUUCAGUGCAUAUGUACUGCUGCUUACAAAAAAAGAUUUUCAGCAUGAGGCCUCAGUUCUAAAUCAAGUCAUUGUGUUUUAUGGAGAGAACUUUACCAUAAACCCCACAGAGCCUUCCUUAUCAAAUUUAAUUUAUAGUUCUCAGAAGCUUUUCCCUUCCUUGUGAAAAAUUCCUUGCUAGGGUUCUGUGCACCUGCUUGGAGGCUUUGCCUAGGCUGGGGAGUGGUACUUACUGCAUAGUUAACCAGAGAGGUGGAGAUGAGUGUGGUUUAAAUGUAGGUCUGAGAAAGACUGCUCUUCAGAACAGCUCUUACAAGGCUCUUACUGGUGAACCUCAGUUGCACCCGAGGUUAAAAAUAUAGAUCAUGCCAGACACAAAGAGGAACAGAUGGUGCUGCUGGGAGUGUCAUUUCCUCUACAGGAUCUACCCCUGGGUGGUUUUACAUCAUACGAGCCGUAUUACUGAAAUAAUGCAGAGCUUCCUUGUGACCUUGUCCUAAUUGGAACUCCUAACAUUCUUGAUCAGUAGCUAGUCUUGCUGUCCCUACUUUUAAAUUCCUACCAAAAGCUUUUGAAAGUAUGUGUGUGUAUAGGCCUAACUUUUUAAUCAGUUGGUUCUACUCCAGAGAAACGUGGGGAUUGGGCACAUGUCUUUUGUCCAACAAGCCAGCCCCAAAGCAGAAGCUUGAAUGAUUAUCUCUUGUACCUCUAGCUAAGUUCAAUGAACAGUCCUUCCAGAAAAUUCUCCUCUGCCUCCAUUCUCUGUGUGUGUGUGUGUGUGUGUGUGUGUGUAAAUGUGUGUGAAUGCAGCCAUAUUCCCUGCCACAAUUCACUGCCCAAAGUUUUAGAUUGGGAGUGGAUACUUCCUGUUAAUGUAAAUUGUAUUCCCAAGUCCUGAAACUCUAAAAUGACUGCAUGAGGUAAGACUAGACAGUUAUUUAAAAAAUGGAAUUCUUGACAGUAGCCAGAUGUUACCAAAACUCCUUGCAUAGCAAACCAAGUGUGUGAUGAGACGGGCUCGUGAAAUACAAGUUUGAAUGAUGGGACUUUGGGACCGGUCUCAUUCUGCCUCACUUUAUAGAAAGGAAAUUGAGAAAGGGCACUCAGAGCUGACUUCUCUGGAUGGUGACAGAGCAAGGGCUCAUGAUUCCUGCUCUAUUGCUUUUCAACCCCCCUCCCUCCUACUCCCCAGGAAAGAGGAUUGGGAGCCCAAGUGGGGUUUAUAUUAUUAAGAAUGAAUUCAUGACCCUCUGUGAUUGCAGUUUUGGGUCUAAUAGUGAAAUUACAAAGGGGAAUGAAUCUUUGAGUUUACUUCUUCUGAGGAAGAACUGUUCUUAAGUAGGUGCAGUUUGUGCUUAAGCUAGGGCUGCUUAAUUAUUUUGUCUCUGUACUGUGCUGCUUCGCUAUUUAAAAAACAGUCCCUGACUUAAGGCUGAUGGUUUGUGUUCUCUUAGUAAUUUUCUCCUUUGGGUCCACCUUGCACAGGUGCCAGAGGUUCUGGCACUAUCCUAAAUGUAGUAGCACUAUCUGAUAAUUGGGAACUUGCUGUCUAGGAGGACUGAUCUCCCUUCCUUCUACCCCACCAGCAGACCAAAACCCUCCUCUGCUGUGGUUCUGAUUUCCUUGGGCUUAUUUUAUGUGGGCUUAGCCACCCAUCUGAAUGUAGUGUGGACACACAUUUCUAACUGUCUCUGUCACCAGCCAGAAACGAAACACGCUUCCCUGGGCUAAGGUCAUAUAUGCUAGCUUUCCCCAUCCUAGAAAGCCAAUGAAGUUUUGUGUUCAAUGGGUGCUACUUUUGUAAUUGGCAUGCUCAAGACAUCUCUAGCAAAUUGACCAAUGGUAUGUUGGUUGGUCCACACCUUUAUCAACCUCUGAUUUCUAUCCAUAUCCAGGUAGAAACUGCAUGGGAAGGCCAUCGACAUCCUUGUUUCAGUCUUGUGGGGAUUUAAGAAAAACAGGCUCUGCGUUUCCUAAGAGUUCAUUGGUUCUUUUUUUCUCGUUACAUGCACCUUCAAAUCAUAAUUUCUGAGCUGAUAAUCUGGUUGGGCUGUGAAGUCAGGCCAGUGGGAGGUGGGUACAUAGUUACUGCAGAAACCAACAGGAAGUAGAUCUAGUCUUUUGUUUGGGUGAAUGCCUGUGGCUAGUGCUAGGUAUACUAUUGUGAACAAAGAACAAAAUGGACACAGUACUUGUCCUGUUGGAAUUAACAGACCAGGAAUAGCCAUGAGUUAUUUAACUUGAGAGUAGUCUGAGGAAUCUGUUGUGCAACAUUAGACUUUCAGUUUAGCCACUCUGAAGGACUCAUUCUGGCCUUUUCAGUUACAUCUGUGCUGGAAUCCAGCAAUUACCUGUGAGGAAGGAGGGCUUAAAAAAAUAUCCUUGGGAAAUUCCUCCGGGCCUCCCUAGCAAGAUAGCAAAUUGCCUUUCUCUGCCUAGCUAGGUCUAGGAGUUAGGUCUGGUGUGAGAAUUCCCGCUUUUGGCUUUGAUCAUUGAUUUUAAUGUGGGAAUGUUUUCUGACCCUUAAAUCACUCUUUUUUGAAUUAAGGAAGAAAAACAAAUGUGAGUUUAACAGUGAGAAAUUGGGAAAUAGGAAAUAUGAUCAGUGGUGUGUAUUCCAUAGGAAAUUUUUUUUCUCCUAUCUCCUUUAAGCCUCUAUUUUAUUACAGAUACAAAUGUUGAGCUGUGAUGUCUUGUUUCCUGCAAUACCUGGUUUUAUAACCUGCUGGGGGCAGUAAAGGACCUAGUACAAUAAUGGCACAAUUAAGGCUUCCAAUAAACAUACCUCUUUGUAUAUUUUGCCUCUUUGAGAGCCAUGUUUUUGUAGACCGAGGUGCUAGGCUGAGUUGGAAAGUUCCCUGAGGUCAAUGAUCCUUUCAUCCAUUUCUUUGUAUUGAGGCCCUGGUUGGUAAGUGGUUGAUAAGGUAAAGUGGAUUAAAAUAAAAAAGGUUGAGUUGGUGAAGUGAUUUUGACUUCGGAUCCAAAAUCAGAUCCAAAUAUCCAAAAUUAGAGAGUUAAUCCUGCUAAUUUCAGGUGCUGAAUUUCUUUCUAUAAUUCUACCAUUCUUAUAAAAGCCUCAGGAGGCAUCAGGUAUGCCCUAAAACCAACUUACACAUGUGCAUUUAUCAUUGGCCUAAUGUAUAUAUAUCAGCAUCCGUUGUGAAUGUGGGUGCAGGCAAGGAAGUAGUUAACACAGGAUGUCUUAUUUCUGUUUGUUCUCCAGAUUUGAGGUCUUCUGGGGGUUCUGUUACUUCUGGAAUAACAAAAUAUAAUUGUGUGUGUCAUCUCCUUUGAAGGUCUGUACAUGCUUUUGAAAAAUCACAUCCUUGAAAGAACGGCUGUUGGGUACAACUGCUGACUGCUUUUCAUCGUCUGUGUGUGAGCAACAGUAGAAUGAACAGAUUUCAGAGCCUUUGUUUUUGUGUUGGUAAAACUUUCUGAGAAUAGCAACAAGGUGAAUCUGCCCCUGGCUGACUUCAGAAUUCUUCUGGCUUUUGAAUUUUUUUCUUUUCAAAAUAACCUGGACGGAUAAAAGAUGUGCCAUGGCAGGAUAAUACCAAAGAGCAUCUCCUUGCUUGCCUUGGCCUCUGUGGGACAUGGAUUAUUCUUUCCACUGGUGAUCCUUAGCACCCUCCUUGGAGACGGACUUGCCUCAGUGUGUUCCCUGCCCCCGGAGCCAGAGAAUGGUGGCUACAUCUGCCACCCCCGGCCCUGCAAAGACCCCCUGAACUCAGGCAGCGUCAUCGAGUACCUGUGUGCUGAAGGCUACAUGUUGAAGGGCGAUUACAAAUACCUGACUUGUAAGAAUGGCGAAUGGAAACCAGCCAUGGAGAUCAGCUGUCAUCUCAACGAGGACAAAGAUGCGCACACAUCACUUGGAGUUCCCACACUCUCCAUAGUGGCUUCCACUGCCAGCUCCGUGGCUCUCAUUCUCCUCCUUGUGGUGCUGUUUGUGCUGCUGCAGCCAAAGCUGAAGUCGUUCCAUCAUAGCAGGCGUGACCAGGGCGUAUCUGGAGACCAGAUCUCCAUCAUGGUGGAUGGAGUCCAGGUUGCACUACCAUCAUAUGAGGAAGCUGUGUAUGGCAGUUCUGGUCACUGUGUGCCACCUGCUGACCCCAGAGUACAAAUUGUGCUGUCAGAAGGGUCUGGGCCCAGUGGGAGGCAUGUGCCGAGGGAGCAGCAGCUGCAGGACCAGGGAGCCUGCUCCUCUGCAGGUGGAGAGGAGGAGACCCCAGGCCAGUCUGGACUAUCUGAAGCUCGGGGCUCUCGGGGCUCAGAGACUGUGAUGGUGCAUCAGGCAACCAGCUCUUCCUGGGUGGCCGGUUCAGGGAACAGCCGACUGGCACACAAAGAAGCCCCAGAUUCAGAGAACAGUGACAUACAAAGCCUUUUAUCCCUCACGUCGGAGGACUACACAGAUGAUAUCCCACUGUUGAAAGAAGCAUGAGGAUUGUCAUCAGCCUCUCUUCUCCCUGAGAUGGUCCUCUCUGCCUUUCCUCCCUCUCCCUGUGGGUUUGAGCACCCUGUACUCCAGCCACCCUGCCCGGAUACCUGAGCUGCCACCUGUGUAUCUGUGUAUCUCUGUAUCUCAGAGGGCUUGUAGGCCCACCUUGCUGGAAACUCAAGGAAGAUUUUUCGCCAUCUGCCUGCUGGACAGCUGGAGGAACAGGCUUUUUCCUGGCCCAGUCUUCCCAUCUGUGUUGGGAAUCUAACACAUAUUUGAAUGUGUUAGAUCAAACCAUUCCUUUCCCUGAGUCCUCUGGGUCCCCUCCAGCCAGCUCUUGGGUGGCAGCCCCCACCAGCCUAUGUGGGCCUAAGAGCCGCUGUGUUUACUUGUGCCUUCCCCCAACCCCGUCCAGUUUUCCUGUCACAAAGGCUUGUUACUGUCCUACAGGCCUUAGUGGCUGCACUGCUGGCCUCUGCCACUUCGGGGGGCCCAGGCCUGGGUCUGGCCAGCUUUCUUUGAGGUCUAGUACCACCACCCUUGGCAGGAGCAGAACCAGAAGUGAAAAGCUAUGGAGCCUAGGGUGGCUCUAAUUGGGACAUGAGUGUGGGUCCCUAGCUUGCCCUUGAUUAAGACUGGUGGUACAUUUCCUUCCUUGGUGGAGGAUGUGGAAGAUCAUGUCAAAGCCAUCCCAGCACCUGAUGUUUAGCUUAGGGGUGCCGACUCCUAAACCUGUUGAGUUUCCAGGAAGCAUCAGAUGAUUCUGAGAGAGGGAAAGGUGGCUGAUUAUGAUUGUUCUCCUAAUACGCAAGCUCUCACUUCCUUCUUCCACAUCAGCCUCCCUGGCCUUGGUGUUUGCUGUUUCCCUGAAGUAUGAGGGGAAGUUGCAUGCUGCCUCCUGGGUUUUAUCCCGGGCAGCUUGGGCUGCCUUGCUGACCAUAGUGACCUGAAAUGAAUCAUCCUGGGACAGGAGAGUUGCUGAGAUGCUACAGAAUGCCCUUCUGGUCACUGGCAGUUGGGGCAUGUUGCCCCCUUCUGGGUUUGUGGAGAGGAGGGGAGCCUGAGAGUCACAGACUGAACCCCCAGGCAGCUGCAGGCAGCUCCAGCCCAGUCCUAGGGGUCCUCCUCACCACAGUCACGUGCCUUAGUACCUGUGCCCAGGAAGCCGCCUGCUGCUUGCUGUGCUGCUGCUUUUCCUGCAUCUGCCCUCCCUGCCAUCCUUCCACAUGUCACAGCUGACAGACAACUGGUCUUCCCUGGCUCCUUGGUGAGGGCCUGAGAGUUUGCAUACACCCCAACUUUGUCGGCCUGCAGUGGAAGAAUGGAGCCCUGGUGUUGAAGGAGUGGACUCAGCACUCCCAAUGCUUCUGCUCCAGCAGAAGGCUGACAAGUCUAGGGCUGCUGCCAUCUUCAAGGGAUGUAGCAUUAAGGAAUGUUUUGUUUUGUGAGCACUGGGGCUGGAAACUUGAAGCUGACCCCAGGUGGCACCCCUGCUCCUCCCCCAGCCUCUCGGUUGGGGUAGUAAAAAUAAUAAAGAGCCCAAUAUACUUUCAGUACCUGACCUAACAGGGUAGCUCCUGGCGUGGGUGGCCUCAAAAAUUGAGGGGAAUGACCUCUCAGCCUCCUGCCUCCACUCUCACACACGCACUUUACUCUGCUCAUCCAGGCCUCUCGCCACCUCCUGUAGUCUUCCUUCCUCUCAGGGUAAGGGCAGUGCCUGCGUGCCUGUGGUCAUUCCCACGUCUCCCCUUUCCCACCCAGGAGCCCUUGUGUGCUGUGCCCAUAGUCCAGGGAAGUGUGGUUAGAGAUGGAACAGGUUGGUGAAGGUGCUAGAACUAGAACACAAGAGCCUCUGAGGAAGAGGAAAUGUGGGUGGGGUGUGUGUCCUCGGCCUCAGAAAAGACGGUUUCCUGCGGUUGCUGGCACUGGUCCCAUCUGGAGGGGCGUCACUAACGACCCCAAACUGCCUCACCGUAAAUGGACUCUCCUCCCACCGCAGUGCCCUUGUCUUCCUCCCAAAAGAGAGUAGUGGUGGCAGAGCCAGUCUCACUGCUGAACUUGCAGCUUUUAUUUCGUCUUUUAAAAUCUGAAUUCUAUUCUAGAAUGAUUUUAAUGAAAGAUCUUACCCUUUUUGUAUAUCAUAAUUUUUCCCCGUUUUGAGUUUAUUCAGCUUGGCCUUUGAAAAAAUGAAAAGCCUUCCUUACGAAGCUUUCCACCGAGUCUCCCUUUAAAUUACUCCUGGGUCACAAGCCCAGACUUGCCUACCUGUUAGGAGAGAAAAAAGUCUGGAGCCUCCCCACUGCACCUCAUCCCCAGUAGCUUUGAUGAGGCCCAUCUCCCAGGGGCCCCUGGGCCUGUGGGUACAAGAAUCAGGCCUCCCGUUGCUGCUGACUUCUGUGUAGGCUUCUCACAGUUAGUUUGCUUUUCCCUGAAGCAGUUUACUUAGCUGUCAGCCAUGUGCUGCCGUUUCUAGGGCUUCUGGGCUUUGUCCUCUGGGAGGGAUUAGGGACUCCACAGCUGCCUUGAGGUGGGGCCUAUUUCGAAUGAGGCUGCCAGAGGAUCUGAAGCAGGUGGGAAAAUUAUCCACAGCCUCUCUUCCCAGCAACCCCCUGAGGGCUCCAGCAGAGGGCUUGUCCAGGAGAACUUGGUCAGCACCAAAGAGCAGUAAAAAGGUGUAUUUUUGCACAUGGGAGCUGAACCAAUGCAGGUUUUAUAUCCUGGCAAGUAAUAGUCACAUUCCACCGACUUGUAACAGGCCAGUAUAUGGUGAAAAUCACCUAAAAUUCUCAUCCCUUUCAAUGCCUUACUGCAGUAGGUAGGCUCCAUCUGCCAUUUCUGAAGCUGGUGUGCUGUAUUCCCAUUUCACUGGAGUGAACUGUGGAAUGGACUGAGUCCUGGCACUUCGAGUUCUUUUGGUUUUAUAAAGCAAUUCAAUGUGCAUUCUAACACUCCACUUGCAAACGGAGCUUAAGCUAAUGUUGUCUUCCCUAUUCAUCUUUUCCUCUUCCUCUCCCCAUCCCUUCCACUUGAAAGUUCUGCGGAGAAGCUGGAUGGCAAGACAAAGGUAUACUUUUCCUGCUUCGUUAGUGGUGGCACAGGGAGAGAUGACGCUCGGCCUUCUCCCCCCACCCCACGCCCAGCUUUGCUCUCAAACCACUUGCUUCCCACACAAUAAUGUCACAUCCAUUCCCAGGGAGCUGGUCCUUACAGAGAGGAUGGAAUAUGCUGCGAACAUUUCUACAUCCUUGGCCUUUGGUUUCCCUUAAAGAGAGAGGGCCUAGUAGGGAAGUGGUACUUGGCGGCUUAGUUCCAGAUGUGCUUGCUGAAGACCGCAAGGCUGGUAACUGCGCUUGUGGGACCUGCUGAGACUUGCAGUUGUUGGCUUAGGGAAAGUUGUUUCUGGUGCCCUGGGAGGGGCAUGGGAUUUUGCUUACAGAUGUGUGGACUGAGUGGCACAGUAGCAGAUUCCCCAGAAAGAAAGGCAGCUGGCUCAGCUGUGCUGGGAAGCAGGACCUCUUCAUCUGCAGCGGAAAACUUUGUGGAAUUUUGAACAAAUGUCCCAAGGUGGAAGCCUCUGCCAGGCAGCAGAGCUAGCUGGAGGGGAUGCAGUGGUAACACACUCGCCUUGUCAGGCAGGGAGGAGAGAUGGCCAUGGCUUAUGUGGAGGCCCACCACACCUGCCCUGAAUUCUUACCGCACCACUAUGGAAUCCUUUGCAGAAUGGUACUCAUAUAUAAUGGUUUAAAACGACACAUGCAUUAUUGACUCUGUGCAGGAUGUCAGUCAAUCAAUUUGGGUUUGCUUUAUUUUAUUUUAUAUAUGUAUUUUUUGGUAUCCUGUACAUUGCAGUGGGUGUGAAGAUAGUAUUUUAAUAUUUGUACAAAGUUUAAUUUAAUUUUAAUUCUAUGUAUAUAACUGCAUUUCUAAAUAAUAAAAAAAAAAAAUUCUUAUGGAGGCAGUUGUGAGAUAUGUGAUCCUUCCAUAAAGUUUCUGCAGAACCUUGCAGAGGAUGGAAUAUGCUGGGAACAUUUCUACAUCCUUCGCCUUUUUUUUUCCCCUCAGAGAGAAAGGCCUCGUAGGGAAGUGGUACUCGGGCUUGGCAGCUUAGUUCCAGAUGUACUUGCUGAACACGGUGAUGUGGGACCUGCUAGAACUUGUGGCUUUUGGCUUAGGGAGAUAUGUAGGUAAGACUGCAUGAAGGGGUGACACGCUUGUUCUGUGAGGGGGUGCCCGGCAGCAGAUGAGACAGGGAGGUGAUCUGUGCUGCAAGGAGAGCACAGACAGAAGUGGAAACGCAUCCCCUCACUUGUCUUUAAGUGUGUGCAGGGUGCCAACUACUUGCUCACGCUGGGAUUCGGCAGUGAACAGACCUUGUGUUUGGGGCCUGCGUGGAAUGUCUAAUACGCUGGCAAGCCCCACAGUUCCAGUGGUGUGCAGUGGUGGUGCGGACAGGGAAGCGUAAGGUGUGGCGGGGAUGGCAGUGUGGCGACAAAGAGAAGGGUCAGUUCAGUGAGGCUGGGGGACAAAAUGCUACUUACGUGUGGGUACAAAGACAGCAGAAAGCGCAAUUUGAGAAACUCAAGCACCAGUGCCUGAGGCAGGGCCCAGAGGAGAGUAGCUCAGGAUGAGCCAAGGAAGGAUGGCAACAGGAAAGAAGGUGAGGAAUGGCUUAGUAAAUGGGGGUGGGGGCGACGUGCUCCAUCUCUUCUGAAGAAUGCAUUUGGGGGGGAUAAAACAUACUGUACCUGGAGACCGUGUAAGUGUUAUAGGGCAGCCCCAAUAUUGAAUGGGUUCCUGGCUGUGGGUCCUCACCCAUGCGCUUACAAGGGACUUAUGAAUACUCCACCACAGGCACACACAAAAGGUUAAUAAAAGAUUUAUUUACAGGGGAAAAGGAAAUAAGGAAAAUGUACAACUCAGGGAGAAAAUAGGGAAAUAAAGUCUUUAAUGCGUCCUACCCGAUCCGACGACCUGGAAACCGAAAGGCACUCUCAGAGCUGGCCGGAUGCUCCGAGCUGGCGGAGAGCCAAAAUGGGGGACCCCUCCAAAGGCCACCUGUCUGGCUUUAUACCCACCUGGCUGCUUAACCCCACCCUCAGG